CUUAGUAAUUCAUUCAAUAGUAUUUUCUAGUUAGAAUUAGAAGUGUUUAAAGUGUAUUCAUUGCAUGUAAAAUAUAUCGGCAUGCGAUGACGUCACAUCCGGUUUCGCCGCGUCUUGUGGGAAAACACCGGUUUGAAAUUAGCGCGAGGGUGGGGGCUUUCCACGAGGCUCACCUGAGCACAAGCAGUUUUGCAGGCAUGAGAAAUCACAGUGAGAGCAACGCUGUAAGUUAAUAGAUAAUCGAUAUAUUGAACUAAGAUGUUAAUGCUGAUCCUGUUACAGGUAACGACGUUUUCACCAUAUGUUAAUGUGAAGAGUGAACAGUAAAUGGUUAAUCUUACUGCGAUCUGGUUCUUAUUAACUGUGGUUUAUCCGGACGUUAAAUUCGGCGUUUCGUUACACCCGAAGGAGAACGUGACAGUGAAAAAGCGGCAUUAUCAGGUGUUUCAAGUGCUGCAAUGUCAGCUCAAUCCAGCAUCAAGUCGACGCCGCCCAGCGACAAGGGCAGUAAACCGACAUCAAGUAAGUCCGCACAGGCAAGAGCCAAGGCAGAAGCCGCCAAGGUGCGACUGCAUUACGCCAGACAAGAGGCAGUUUUGAAAAUGAAACUGGCCACCAAAGAAGCCGAAAGGGCCACCAGACAAAGAGAAGAGGCUGCCAGAGAAGCCGAAAUCCAGAAAGAAAGGGCCGCCAAAGAAGCCGAAAUCCAGAAAGAAAGGGCUGCCAGAGAAGCCGAAAUCCAGAAAGAAGAGGCUGCCAGACAAAGAGAAGAGGCUGCCAGACAAAGAGAACAGGCCGCCAGAGAAGCCGAAACCCAGUUGGAAAUGACAAAAAUAUCGACAGAGUUGCAUGUGCUGCAGCUAGAAGGAGAAAGAGAAGCUGCCAGGGUGGAAGCAAAGUACAUAGAACAAGCUGAAGGGUCGCGUGAUCUGACCGAAGUAAGAUCUACUUUAGAAAGGACCAGACUGGAACGCACAAGCGACUAUGUACAAUCUCAAAUAGACAGGCAGGCUCGUCUCCCCUCUCCAUACGUAUUCGAUAACUUCCCCAGCUACGAGGAACCUCAGAGAGUCACGAUUGCAUCACAUCCAUACGAGGAAGGAAAUUUACCCUCACGGCUCCGUGAUGAAGUCAAGAAUGAAAGAACCGACAACGCUCCUUCACCCCCACAACAGGACGGCGGGGAGGGAGAGGUUCACUCCAGGACAACAAUUGUCAGCUCGAACUGUACAGAAGUUUGCGGUCAAACUCAGUCAAGCCGUUCUUGUUCCGAGAUCUGCCUCACUGAGGUGUACCCUAAAGAAGCACAACAAGACAUUACCAAGCGUAAAGUAACCGACGAGACGCUAGGUCAGUCAGUUUUCGUUCAAACCGAGGACGGAAACAAACUUGCACAAUCAGCUCAAGAUACCAUUUCUUUAAAACCCAAAGACACCAAGGUCUUCAGAGAUGAAGCAAAUAAUGGGGUUGCCCCAUUGCCAAUCAGAGAACCACGCCAGCGCUCACCAGAUAACAAAGAGCAGGCAGUCAAACGGUUCACGUCCUUACGGAAAACCUGGAAAAGGAAACCUGAGAUACAGCAACGCACCCGAUUGGCCCACGAGGUACUGUGCACCCUAAUGGCAGAGGUCACAGCCAUUAUAAACGCACAAUCAUUCCUACCUGUGUCUUCUGACCCAGAAAACCCCUUUAUACUUUCGCCAUCAACGCUCCUUACGCAGAAGGCAGGAGCACCUCCUCCACCAGGAGACUUCUCAGACAAGGAUUUGUACACAAAGCAAUGGAGACAAGUCCAGGCUCUGGCAAAUCAGUUCUGGCCUCGCUGGAGACAAAAAUAUCUACCUUUGUUGCAACAGAGACAAAAGUGGACAGAACCCCGAAGGAAUCUUCAAGUUGAAGACUUAGUCCUGCUCAGGGACAAGCAAGUCGCUCGCAACAGCUGGCCAACGGCCAGAAUCACUGCUACAUUCCCUAGCGGGGAUGGACAUGUCAGGAAGAUCGAAUUGAAGACUACCGACCAAGGCGAUGUGAAAAUUUACCAAGGGCCAGUUACAGAAGUUAUUCUACUUCUACCCAAUGACUGAUUAAGAGACUAAGUUUUGUACUCUGCUCAUUGUGACCUUACGAAGGUCAAGCGGGGAGUGUGCUGUCUUUACGACAGUUAUUUAGUUUAUAAUAUUUUCGCUUAGUAAUUCAUUCAAUAGUAUUUUCUAGUUAGAAUUAGAAGUGUUUAAAGUGUAUUCAUUGCAUGUAAAAUAUAUCGGCAUGCGAUGACGUCACAUCCGGUUUCGCCGCGUCUUGUGGGAAAACACCGGUUUGAAAUUAGCGCGAGGGUGGGGGCUUUCCACGAGGCUCACCUGAGCACAAGCAGUUUUGCAGGCAUGAGAAAUCACAGUGAGAGCAACGCUGUAAGUUAAUAGAUAAUCGAUAUAUUGAACUAAGAUGUUAAUGCUGAUCCUGUUACAGGUAACGACGGUAGAUAAUGUUUAUGCUUUUGUUAGUUAAAGAGUCGCGGAUAGUUUGCAUGGAAGUGUAUUUAAAGUAGUCAAUGGAGCAGGUAAACUCUCCCUGUAUACUGCACCUUAGUGUAAUGUAGUUAUAGUCACCUUUGCAAGUAUUUACACUUGAAAUGUGAUAUUAAGGAAGGAACAAAUACUGUAUCAAUCUUGUAUUGUUUUAUCAACAGUUUUCACCAUAUGUUAAUGUGAAGAGUGAACAGUAAAUGGUUAAUCUUACUGCGAUCUGGUUCUUAUUAACUGUGGUUUAUCCGGACGUUAAA